UUUAUUGAAAUUGGGCACCAGAGUGGGAGCGGAAUAAAAUCUCUGAUCCAACCUUGGAGUGAGGACGUAGAUAACCAUGCUAACUUCAGAUACUGCGGUAAUAAAACUGAACGUAGAAUGGGACAGGACAUAGUAGCUAUGUAUGUAUGUUUGUGUGUGCGUAAUAGGUGAUUUGUUAUUUGUGAAUAGUUUCGAGAGAGGCAGGGUAGAGGGGUGUAUCUCUAUAACCCAGACUGUUUCUAACUAAAGUGUUAAACAGGAGCUGCUGUUCAUGGAGUUUUGGGCACUUCUAUGCCUGGCUCAUGUAUAACAGGCCACUAAUGACGACCCCAGCAGUGGAGAAGGAGGUCAUGCCUGUGAAGAAAGAGGCCACUCCUACAACUCGUCUCUCCAGAGCUCUCAAUCUCCUCACUGGAGACAUGCGUGUGUAUAGAGAAUGGGUGAAAAGGCAGGUUCUGUUUGUCCAAGUGUUGGACUGGGUCCUCCGAGGCGUGGCCCAGGUGAUGUUCGUCAACAGCCCCCUCAGUGGGCUGCUCAUCUCCGUUGGGCUGGUGCUGCAGAACCCAUGGUGGGCACUGAACGGACUGCUAGGAACCUUCGCCUCCACACUGUCUGCCCUCCUGAUUGGACAAGACCGGGGGGCGAUAUCCGCAGGUUUUUACGGCUACAAUGGAACCCUUGUAGGAAUGCUGAUGUGUGUCUUCUCAGCCAAAGGCGACUGGUACUGGUGGCUUCUGCUCCCUAACCUGUUCAUGGCUAUGUUAUGCCCAGUAGUCUCCAGUGCUCUGGGCUCAGUCUUCAGCAAAUGGGACCUUCCUGUGUUCACUUUACCAUUUAACAUUCUACUGUGUCUGCACAUGGCUGCUAUGGGAUCAAACCACCCCUACUUUCCAGAGGUGCUAAUCCAGCCAAAGUCCUUCCUCCAUCUGAACAUCACCAUGGCAAAAUCAAGCAUACCUAAGCUUCUGGUGUCGGUGCCGGUUGGCGUGGGCCAGGUGUACGGCUGUGACGGGCCCUGGACCGGAGGCAUCUUUAUCGUGGCCCUCCUGCUCUCCUCCCCCACAAUCUGCCUGCACGCCGUUCUUGGCUCUGCCGUUGGCGUAGCCUCAGGUCUGUGGGGAUAUAACAGCUGUCUGUCCUGCAUCGCUGUUGGAGGGAUGUUCUAUGCUCUGACUUGGCAGACACACCUGCUGGCUCUUACAUGUGCAUUUUUCGCUGCAUACAUGAGUUCUGCCAUCUCAAAUCUGAUGUCUAUAUUUGGACUCCCAGCAUGCACCUGGCCUUUCUGCAUGUCGGCUCUCACUUUUCUCCUCAUCAUCACGGAAACCAGAGCCAUCUACAGACUGCCUCUGUCAGCUGUAACCUACCCUGAGGAGAAUCGCCGAUACUACAGAGAAAGGACAGAAUCUUCCAAUGUCGAAUGUCCUCUGGAGAAGCUGCAAACAGUCAGUAAAGCAGAGGUACUUCUGGAGGAGGGUGAAGAGACACGGCCGCAAAUCAGCCUGUCAGUGGAGUUGGGAUGAAGCGUGAAUCCUACAAAUCUGCCUGUUAGUAGGGAAGAAGUGUGAAUACUGACCGUACUGAGGAAAUAGGCUUCCUUUUCUUUUUAAGGAAUGCUAAUAACCUGUUGGGAAUAUCCUAGAUAAAAGCGAUUUAUGAUCAAAUCUUUGGUUUUUGGUUUUGAGACAUUGAGAAAAAAUAUUUACUGCAGGGUAAAGGUAAAUUCUGUUUGAAUAUAUAUAGUACACCAAAAUGCUAAUUCAAAUUAUUGUUAGUGAUUUUUUAAUUAGGAAAAUUGAAAUACGGUGAACAACCUGAAUUUUCGGGAAUUCAACUGGAAAUGAUCCAACCCUGAUUGACUGCAUCACCUAUUGAAAGCUGUUUAACAAUAGUGUUCAGGUAAAAUAAAUCUCAGACUUCAUUCCAGCUUCCCAGAGUUUUGAAUAGAACCUUUUCU